GAAACAUUCCAUCUCGCUGAAACUCUGUUUUUCUGUUCGGGUCGCUGACUUAAACGAAAAUUCAAAAAUGCACAAAGAAGAGUCAAUUGUAAUCGUUGGAGCUGGCGUUUUUGGUCUCUCGACAGCUCUGGAACUUAGCCGUCGCGGUUACACCGACAUCACGGUGCUAGAUCGCCAUACUCCACCUGUCCCGGAUGGAUCUUCUGUAGAUAUUUCUCGGAUUAUCAGACCAGACUAUGCCGACAAGUUCUAUGCUCGUAUGGGCAUUGAGGCGCUCCAUGGUUGGCAAAAGGACUUCCCGCAAUAUUUCUAUCGCAGCGGCUUGCUUUGCGCUCAAUCUGGAAGAGAAUUCAACAACGAAUACUUGAGGGAAGCAAGAGAUAAUCUGGAGAAGCUGGGUGAUGGCUUGGAUCUGUGGACUUUCAUCGGGGAGGAAGCGAAUGUGAGGUAUCCGGGUAUCCAUGGAGACCUCUCCCAGACUAGUGGAUACUGUAAUUUGGAUGCUGGAUGGGCCAAUGCUGCGGAGAGUAUCAAACAUCUGGCCAAUCUUUGUAAAGAUGCUGGUGUGAUGUUUUUGUCAGGCAAACAGGGCACAGUCACUGAGCUUGUCUCGGAGAAGUCUACAGAUCGGAAGACCAUCAGCGGAGUGCGAACGGCAGAUGGCGAAGUCGUCAAUGCUGGUACGAUCAUCUUGGCAACUGGAGCUUGGACACCGCAUCUUCUCGAAUCUGGCAAUCGCUUUCUGUCUACUGGCCAGCCAGUCGGCUACAUGCAGCUCACACCAGAAGAAGCUGCUGAGAUGCAAGGAACUCCAGUCAUGAUCAACCUGAGCACUGGUUGGUUUGCCUUUCCACCAACACCUGGAGAUCAUCUUUUGAAGAUGGCGAGGCAUGGUUACGGCUUCGAGACGACUCAUGCUUCCGAGAAGAGCCAAUACUCAGCGCCGAAUCUGAGCUCUCAACAUGAUUAUCUGCCUCGUGACGCAGAACAAGCCUUGAGAGAUGGCCUUGCUCUCUUUCUGCCGAAGUUCAAAGACCGAGCGUUCUCAAAGGUAAAGCUGUGCUGGUACACAGAUACACCCAACGGAGAUUUUAUCGUCGACUACCAUCCUGAAUACACAAAUCUUUUUGUCUCCACAGGUGGUAGCGGACACGCGUUCAAGUUCCUGCCUAUCUUGGGUCGGUAUAUCGUUGACAACUUCGAGGGUAUUGCUUCGGAAGAGCAGAGGAGGAAGUGGGCCUGGUCGGAAACAGCCGAGCCUAUCAUGCCUGGAGAUGGCAGUCGUGGUGGACCGGAAAGACGUGUGCUUACCGAGGAAGAACAAGCUCUUCUGUUCUGAUCCUCAAAGAAUCUAUCCGCAGACCUGGUUGAUUUCAGACUUGACUGUAGGCACUACGAGGAGAGCCCCUUGCUGCUCAAGAUAUUAUCACUCUAAGCCGCUGGACAGUGCAUGCUGUAGUUAAAUCGCAACUCAGACCUUUGAUCCGACACACUGGGCGUGAAGGGAACGGGCCAGGACAAUUUCGGCAGGGGUGCCGGAUUGGCGACCUCCGUGUUGUUAGAAGAAUUACCACCGGUUAUGCUCUUGUCUCCUGUUGACGAACUAAGGUAGUUCUUCAGGGCUUUCGAUAUGACGUCUGGUAGCAAGCUGUUCUUGUUAGAAGGCUCGUUGUGUUUAGCUGCACGCUUAUCGUCUUUGAAUGUGGGAAUCCAGUCG